AUGUUGCUGAAAGAAGCACCACUGAAGGUUAAGAUAUUGUUGUGGGCACCACUAAUGGUGGACUUACUACAGAGGGUUCCAAGAAACAUGACCGGUCGGCUUGUUAAUCUCGACGCUAUGCGUCUCAGACAUGUCAAGGACUUGGGCAUUGGUCUUGGCAUGGAUGAUGGCAAAACAGUGCAACACAAGUUCAAGGUGCUUGGGUUUUGGCAAGAACUAUGGGAGUUGGCACGAAAAAUUGAAUCCUUCGUCGGGUUUACUGAAGACAUUUUGGGAGACCCUACGUUUGUGGAUUUAUUCACACAAAUCAUUGAGCUAAGAGUGGACGCUGAGAAAGUUCAGGGAGAAAUUGGUGGAUAUCGACAUAAUGUUGAUAACCACAUUACUGAAAUCUUGGACUUUCGUACCACAACUACGCAAAAACUGGAGGGACUGCAGAAGGAAAAUGAGAACCUUCGUGCAGAGCUCGUUGUUUUGUGUCGGGCUGUGGCCACGUUAAGUUCAACUCGUGUUGAAUCGUCUAAGGUAAAGAUUCCAGAACCUAAGGCCUUUAAUGGCGCAAGGAGUGCUAAUGAACUGGAAAAUUUCAUCUGGGACAUGGAGCAGUAUUUUACCGCUGCAAGAGUGUCGGACGUUGAUAAGUUGAAUAUUACCACAAUGUAUUUGUUGGGUAAUGUGAAACUUUGGUGGAGGACUCGUAAUGCAGACGACGUAAGUGCUGGUCUUCCUAGAAUUGAUACAUGGGAUAAGCUAAUCAAAGAAAUGUGUGACCAAUUUCUUCCUAGCAAUGCAUCUUGGCUUGCAAGGGAUAAAUUAAAAAGGCUAAGGCAGACGGGUUCAGUGAGGGAAUACAUAAAAGAAUUUACCUCUGUGAUGUUAGACAUACAAAAUAUGUCUGAUGAGGAUAAACUUCACAACUUCAUUUUGGGCAUGCAAGGCUGGGCUCAGAACGAACUACGAAGGCAGAAUGUUAAAGAUCUGCCCGGGGCUAUUGCUACUGCCGAUUCGUUAGAGGAUUUCCGCACGACUCGUCCUUCCACAGACGUCCCCUCCACUUCAAAAACUAAGAAAAAGAAUGAGAAGAAAGGGAAAGGCACAAAUGAAGGAUGGGAAAGACAGGCCAAAGAACAAAGAUGGAAAUUCGAAGGGCUGUUGGACUUGUGGUGGUCCUCAUUUUGCCAAAUCUUGUCCAAACUGGAAAAAGUGAAUGCUUUGCUUGCUGGUAACGUGAAUCAAAGGGAGGAGGAUGAAGAAAUCGUGGCUGCAAUGGCAAACCCAUUGGGAUUGUCCUUCAAUCACAUUAUGGGGAUCAAUAAUGUUGGAGAAAUCUCUAGUACUUCGAAUCCUCAUGCUUCAUUAAUUCAUAUAGAAAUGAAAGUGAAAGAAGAAUGUGUGAUGGCAAUGGUUGAUACAGGGUCCACACACACGUUUGUAGAUGUGAAGAUUGCUACAAAAUUGGGGCUGAAGUUAUCCAAAAGCCCUUCCUACGUCAAAACAGUCAAUGCUAAGACACAAGCCAUUGUGGGCAUGGCUUAUGGUGUGUCUAUGGCGACUGGAAGUUGGGUGGGAAAACAUAACUUGAUGGUGAUGCCGCUUGAUGACUUUGAAAUCAUACUUGGGAUUGAUUUCCUAUGGAAAUUCCAGUUUGUUCCGUUUCCUCACUUAGAUGGAGUGAUGGUCAUGAAUGGAAGAAAUGCUGGCUUUCUCAAAGGUGUUCAUCCGUUUGGGGACAUUAAUAAGGUUGCAAAGAAGAAAGACAAGGGAAUGUUGUUGUCUGCUAUGUCAAUCGACAAAGGGCUGAAGAAGGGUGAAGACACUAUACUUGCUGUCUUGGUCGAAGUGAAACCUGAUGUGAAAAUGGAAGUGCCUGAUUGUGUUGUUGAUUUACUUAAACAGUAUGCUGAUGUUAUGCCGCCUGAAUUACCAAAGAAAUUACCACCAAGGAGGGAUAUUGAUCAUAAGAUUGAGUUGUUGUCUGGUACGGUUGCUCCUGCACAGGCUCCUUAUCGUAUGGCUUCUAAGGAAUUGGUUGAAUUACGCAAACAAUUGAAUGAAUUACUAGAUGCUGGAUUGAUUCAGCCGUCUAAGGCUCCAUAUGGUGCUCCUGUUCUAUUUCAAAAGAAACAGGAUGGAACAAUGCGAACGUGUGUAGACUACCGGGCGCUGAACAAGACAACUAUAAAGAACAAGUAUCCGGUUCCGUUGGUGCAAGAUUUGAUAAAUAGGUUAAGCAAGGCAUGCUGGUUCACAAAACUUUAUCUGAGGGCAGGUUAUUGGCAGGUUAGGAUAGCAGAGGGUGAUGAACCAAAAACAACAUGUGUAACUAGAUAUGGUUCCUAUGAAUUCCUUGUAAUGCCGUUUGGGCUGACUAAUGCCCCGGAAACGUUUUGCAACUUAAUGAACAAUGUACUGUUUGACUAUCUUGAUGACUUUGUUGUUGUUUAUUUAGAUGAUAUAGUCAUUUAUAGUCGAACAUUGGAAGAACAUGUUAAUCACCUAAGUCUGGUUUUGUCUCAAUUGAGGAAAUACAUGCGUUAUGUCAAGAUGGAAAAGUGUGAAUUUGCUAUACAAGAGAUAAAGUUCUUGGGGCAUCUUGUUAGUAAAAACCAAGUUCGAAUGGAUCCUAAGAAAGUGCAAGCCAUUGUUGAUUGGCAGACACCUCGUCAUGUGAAGGAUUUGAGGUCGUUUAUUGUCUUGGCUAACUAUUACAUAAAGUUUAUUGCUGGCUACUCAAAGAAGGCAGCGGCUUUGACAGAUUUGUUAAAUAAGGAUACAAAGUGGGUUUGGUCUGAACGGUGUGAUGAAGCUUUUCAGAACUUAAAGAAUGUUAUCGCAUCUGAACCUAUACUCAAAUUGCCUGAUUUUGAGUUACCAUUUGAAGUGCACACUGAUGCGUUAGACAAAGCAAUUGGUGGCGUAUUAGGGAAGGAAGGUCAUCCAGUGGCCUUUGAAAGUAGAAAAUUGAAUGAUGCUGAACAGAGAUACUCAACACAUGAAAAAGAAAUGGUUGUGGUAGUACACUGUUUGCAGGUUUGGAGAGUCUAUCUCUUGGGAACUCGAUUUGUAGUGAGAACUGAUAAUGUAGCAAAUACAUUUUUCAAGACACAAAAAAAGUUGAGUCCUAAACAAGCACGGUGGCAAGAAUUCCUGGCAGAUUAUGAUUUCAUGUGGGAACAUAAACCAGGAAAACACAACCAGGUUGCUGAUGCGUUGAGUAAAAAAGAAGUGUUUGUUGCAGUAUAUUCAAUUUCGAAACUGGAAACUGAUUUCUAUGAUAGAAUUAGGCUGUGUGCUGCAAAUGAUUCAUUGUAUGUUAAAUGGAUGGGUCAAGUGCAAGAUGGCACAAUGAGACGGUAUUGGAUCGAGGACGGUCUGCUCUAUUUUAAAGGGGAGAGGAUCUUUGUACCAAAUCAGGGUGGGUUGCGCAAAGACUUAAUGAAAGAGGCGCAUGACUCUGCUUGGGCUGGACAUCCCGGUGUUGAAAGGAUGUUAGCCUUACUGUCUCGUGUUUAUUUUUGGCCAAAAAUGGAAGAUGAUAUAGAGGCGUACGUCAAGACUUGUCAUGUUUGUCAAGUGGACAAGACUGAACGUAGGAAGGAAGCAGGUUUGCUGCAACCUUUGCCUGUUCCUGAAAGGCCAUGGCUAUCAGUAAGCAUGGAUUUCAUUUCUGGAUACCCUAAAGUAGAUGGAAACUUGCGCAAGGCUCAGCGGCGCAUGAAGAAGUAUGCUGAUCAACAUCGUCGCUCAGUUGAGUUCAAUGUGGGUGACAAGGUGUUGCUGAAAACCCCACAAAUCUGGAAACGGAUUGUUGAAGCUGAAAUCCAUCCGACUUUCCAUGUGAGUUUCUUGAAACCUUACUUUGCAGAUGCAGAUGAUCCGGACAGAAACAGGUCAAAUAGAGCUCCUCCAUCAGUACCUACACAGUAUGAUGCUGAAAUUGAGAAGAUCCUUGAUCACCGGGUUUUGGGCACAAGUAAGAAGAAUACUAAGACUGAGUUCUUGGUUCACUGGAAAGGCAAGAGUGCAACAGAUGCUAUUUGA